GAGCCGCGCUGGCGACUUACGACAAAGAGUUCAGCUUUGUCAGCCCAGUUGUCAAAUAUCUACUUUUCCUUUUUAAUUUAAUAUUUUGGACAGAACAAGAUAGCGAAGGCUUGUAUCAGGGUCCAGAGUCACAUUCACUGCUCAUUGCUGGACCCUCUUCAUCUCAGCAUCACACAACUUCUCCAUCUCCUUGGUAACGGUAUCCUCCAGCUGAGACGCAGCUCUCCUUAAGUUCCCCACACACAGAUCACAGUAAACACUAAUCUUAGUCCAGUCCCUGGUGUUCAUGGGGUGCACAGGGAUGGGAAGCUCUGGACUAGAUGAAGGUCCUCAGUGUGUGAAAUCUGCUCUAGCUCAGUGCCUCUCCUCUUUAACUCAGUGAUUUCCUGCUCCAGCUUUUUAAUGAGCCCUUCAGCCCGCCUCUCUGCUGAUUUCUGCUUCUUCUCAAUCACCCCAAUAAGCUCAGCCUGGCUUCUUUCAAUGAACUCCACCAGAGCAGUGAAGAACUGCACAUCUGCUAUUUCUCAAUUUGCGUCUUUCUUGCUGGCCUCCACAGAGCGUUUUGAUAUCACUGAUCUUCUGCAGUCGCUCCCGGAUCAUUUGUUGCACUUGUGACUCCGUCUUCCCCAGCUGAGCCUUCCUCUCCCCAAACUCUUCCUCGAGAGGGACGGUGUAGUGAGUCUUGUGGUCCGUCUCUGUGAAGAACUGACACACACACACACACACGUCUGGUCAGUCCUACAGAACAGCUCCAUGAGUGUGUUGUGCUUCUUACACAUCAUGUCUUCCAGGUUCUCCGCAGGGUUGAUCAGUUUGUGUCUCUUCAGUGCUGGGGCUAUCUGAUGAGGCUGCAGAUGAUCUCAUUGGUGUUGAUGUCGAUUGGCAUUUACGCCAGGAUGAUGAAACAUGCCGAGGCAGCCAUGGCCUGUCUAGCGGUGGACCCUGCCAUCCUGCUGCUGAUCGUGGGGGUGCUCAUGUUCUUCAUCACCUUCUGUGGCUGUGUGGGCUCCCUCAGAGAGAACAUCUGCCUCCUACAGACAUUCUGCAUCUUCCUGACUAUCAUCUUUCUGCUGCAGCUAGCUGCAGGUGUCCUGGGCUUCGUCUUCUCAGAUAAGGCACGGAAUAAAGUGAGUGAGAUUAUCAACAAUGCCAUCGUUCACUACAGGGAUGACAUUGACCUCCAGAACCUCAUCGACUUUGGUCAGAAAGAGUUCAGCUGUUGUGGAGGUGUCACCUACACCGACUGGUCUCAGAACAUGUACUUCAACUGCACCACAGACAACCGCAGCCGAGAGCGCUGCUCUGUUCCCUUCUCCUGCUGCCUGCUGUCUGAGGCGGUCAUUAACACAAUGUGUGGUCAGGGGAUGCAGGAGCUGCCAUAUCUGCAGGCUGGUGCCUUCAUCCACACCAAUGGCUGCAUCGACAAGCUGGUCAACUGGAUCCACAGCAACCUGUUCAUGCUAGGGGGCAUCGCCCUGGGUCUGGCCAUCCCACAGCUGGUGGGGAUCCUCUUGUCUCAGAUUCUGAUCAACCAGAUAAAGGACCAGAUUGAGCUUCAGAACUACAACCUGCAGCACCGUACUGACCCUUGGCAGUAACCUGGUCAUGAUCAGGUCCUACCCGAUCAAACUGGACCAGGACUAGGUCAUCAACCCCAGGGUCACCCAGGGGGUGUGGGAGUCUGGAAUUCUAACCCCUUUCUGCUAGAUGGGGCUCAAGCUUUCAUGUAGAUGGUGUUCAUUUUCAAGGCUGCUUGAUCAUUUCAAUGGUGCAGGGACUGGCUUUGAGGCCAAAGAUUCUGGUUGGAUGAUCCACCAUUUGACAAGAGUCGAGGUGGUCUGCUCUCUUUCUGCGUUCUUGACUCUUGCGUGUCUUUUUGUUCAGUAUAUAAUCUAACCAACUGAGCUACCAGAACCAAUGGUUUAUUUCCUGAAUGGGUUGAUGUAGCUGAGGGACCAGACCCAUGUGAAAUGACUGAGAAACCAAGGUUCCGAAAAGGUCUAGAUGCCUGGACAGUGUGUCAAUGUGUGCUUGUUUCGUUUUAGCUCACCCAGUAUCCUGGAUGGGUGGAGUUUUCACUUUAUGACCAAUGGAAUGGUCAAUGUUGAAACUCUGCCCACCCUGUGCCCCAGGGGAGCUAAAAUGAAUGCAUCUAAUCAGGAAGUACUCCAGCCAGACAGCCAAUGGAGAACUCCUCCAUUCACAGCUAUUCGUCAUUUGACUCAUCUCAAAUAUGGCACGAUCUGUAAUUUAUUGAAAAGGGAAAAAACCCAGCAACCGGAGUCCAAACCCUGCUGAAAUAAUGUAGACUCUGUCCAGUUACUUUUUUGUCAAUGUGGUUUACGACAUUGAUCUGUUAUUUAUAUCCAUCCAGUGAUCCGCUAAUACUCUCAUAGAGUUGAGAACAAGACAAUUCUGUCGGCCCUUCUCAAAUAUGAAAGCGCAAACCCAAGUAAUGUAAUAAGCUCAUUAGCUUUACAGUCAAUUUAGCUUGUGUGUAUGUUAAAUCUCCCAACUGUAGUUUGCCAUGCAUGCUAUAACAAGUUUUAUAAACUGGGUUGUUUGAUCCCUGAA